UUCAGAUUAAAAUGGAGAGACCCAGAACAAGGAUCGGAUCCGCAAUAGGUCAGAGACCCGGAAGCUCCAUGCGGGUGGCUGGGGGACCAAGGGCACCCAACAUGCAACCCCCUCCCUCUUCGAUGGGAAGACAAGGGGGAGUGUUUGCAUCGGGCGGGUCAGGAAAAACGGGAAUUACGGACCGACCAGUGACAAAACAAGGAGUGGCUAAUCCGAAUAAGCUGAAGACAGGGUAUGCUAACAGGAACGUGAAGGAUUCGGGAUAUCACAAGUACAGUAUAAACGCCAAGUGCAACGAGAUAGAGGCGAAAACUAAUGAGUUCCAGCAGAAGACGGAAAAAAUCUAUCGCGACAUGGAACAGUUUGGACCGAUGGUGGAGAAGGCGGAGAAAACUGCAAAGGAAUUAGCAGAUUUGCAGACCCAAUUUAGAUCUAUUAAUUUAACAAAGGAGUUGAAGCAACGUGGAGAGUUGAAUGAAGGGGCAAUUGCUGAAGAUAUCGAGCGGUGCAAGGAGGAUAACAGUAGUAAGCGAAGGGAUAUUGAAGACUUGAUGCAGAGAAAAGAAAAAAUCGAGAAGCGAACGCGACAAAUUCUGGAAAAGAUUGAGCACGAAGAGCAAGUGCGCGAACAAAGUUUGAAGAGUGCGUUGCCGCGUGAAGAAUAUGAAAGAGUUCUGGAGAAACAGAAAGAGCUGAAGGAUAUUUCGGAGACAAUUCCACAAGAGAAGGAGAAGUUAUCCCAGAAAAACUUACAGGUUGAAGAUAAGCUAAAACGUUUGAAAAGUCAGCACCCGGAGAAAUUUUAUGCCUACUCUUUGUUGAUGAGGAUCAAAGAAAUGGCUAUCGAGAGACAGAGAUUGCAUGAUAAGAAUAAUAAAUUCGACCAGGAAGCAGAGCAAAACCGGCUGAUGGAUGAAAUUCAAACGAAGAAGCAAAGAAUCGAAGAGCUACGAGGUCGGCUGAAUUAUCUGGUUGGAGAGAAUCGAAGUUUGAACGACCGUUUGAAUAGCUACGAAACUGACUCACAUCUGCAGCCGGAUCAGAUGGAGAAAUUGAGGAAGUUGAAUGCAAAGCAAGCUGAAAUGAAACACUUCAAAGAGUCGUUUCCGGAGUUGAAGCGUGAAGAGAUCGAAAAGAUUCAGAAUAUUCAAGACGUGAAUGAAAAUUUGAUUCAGCAAAUGGCGUCAAAGAGAGAAAUGAUGAAGAGUGUUCCAUCGCACGAGAAGUUUGGAGAGAUGCAGAAUACCCUGGAGUUCAAGCAGUCGGAGAUGGAGAAGGCAGAGAGCACUCAUUCGGCUGUUGCCGCUCAGAAAUAUCAGCUAGUAAACGACCUGCACAAGAUGGAACAACUACUGCCUCGAAUCUUAUCGGAAGCGGGCGAGCUACAGAAUCAGUUGAAGUCUCUAAACGAAGAAAAAAUGCUCUAUGGAGACAUUAAAGGACUAGAAAACAGAGAAAAAGAGCUCAAAAUUGCGCUUUCAGCCGAAAAGGAGAGUCUACAAAAGCGUAUGGACUGGGUGAAAAAAGACGUGACAUAUCUGGAAAAAAGUCGAGAUGAUUUGAAAUCAGCUCUGUCGGCGAACGAGACGUACUCCCAGCUGAAGGCUUUGGAGCAAAGAUGGGUUGCGGAGGAGCAGAGGAACGCGACCCUGGCUGACUUCAUUGGGGAGAAGGAGGCAAAGAUAGACUGUGCCCCUGUGAGGGCAGAGGGUCUGAAGAAGAUGAAGGACAUCAACCAAAUUCUUCUGGCUCAACUCAAAACACCCUACUGACCAGGCAGCACACCACUUACACGUGUCACUUUCAAAAUCAAGCUAUCAAUUAACAGCAAUUAGUGCAGCAGUUCACAGGCGAAUCGGAACACUAAGUUGUGAAACAGGCUUAAAUGGUGCAUUGGAAUCUGAAAUAGUAAACAGCCAAGAUAAUUGUUCAAAUUAGAUGGUUCUUUGAUCACUACCACAAGGGAUGGCGAGUGGUAAUUUAAGAAAUAAGACGACAAGCAAAUUAGACAACCGUAACGAAACUGAAUUUACGGACUUACCAGUAUUUACUUAGCCAAAAGUUAAUUCAAGUCUGUAAACAAGUUUCACGCAAUUUGCACGCAAGUUAUUGUCUAAAUUCCGAUAUUUUCUGAUCGUCUAAUUUCCUGUCGUCUAUGUUCCUUGACCCCAUAAUUUAGUUACUCAUUGUGUAAAUGUAGAUUUAUGUACAAAUGUAAAUUUUCAAUAUUAUCCAAAUUCAUGUUCUGUGCCAAAAAUGUUUCAACAAAUCAAUUUAUUGAAAAAAAUGCUUAAAAAUAUCAAAUUUCGGUUGUAUGCCGCGUAAACAAUUUAACGUGUACAGCGCUGGUUACCUUAAUGCACUCAAACGCUCUGAUAUAGUGUGAAACAGGUUAAAUUCUUGGGAGCGUUAACUGUAUUUGAAAAAUCAACAUGUGGAAGUCCAAAGGUCUAUAUGCUGCUAUCUUCAAUGGAAAAGUUUUUUUAGUGCUAUCGAGCUCUCAGUGGUUAACUAUGCAAUUAGAAAAACCUU